AUGUCUUUCGGACGCACCGUUCUCCUCAACACCGGCCACAAAUUCCCAACCUUGGGUUACGGCACUUGGCAGUCCAGCCCUGGUGUCGUUGGCCAAGGGGUUUAUGAGGCCCUUAAGAUUGGUUAUCGGCAUCUUGAUCUCGCCAAGAUUUACGAAAACCAGGUCGAAGUUGGAAAGGGUAUCAAGAAGGCUCUUGCAGAGAUCCCAGGCUUGAAGCGUGAAGACAUCUUCAUUACAAGCAAGCUGUGGAACAACAGCCACCGACCGCAAGAUGUCGAGCCUGCGCUGAACGAUACACUUGAGGAGCUGGGGCUUGAUUACCUUGAUCUCUAUCUUGUACACUGGCCAGUCGCUUUCGCUCCAGGCAAGGAUCUCAUUCCCAAAGUUGCAGGAACCGACACAAUCAUCCUUGACAAUGGAGUAUCUAUUUGCCAGACAUGGAAAGCCAUGACACAGCUACCUAAGAGCAAGGUUCGCUCUGUUGGCGUCUCCAAUUUUGCAAUUGAGCAUUUGGAGGCAAUCAUUAACAACUCGGGCGUUGUUCCUGCUGUCAACCAAAUUGAGCGACACCCCCGAAUUCCCAAUCCUCCUCUGAUCGAGUACUGCAAGAAGAAGGGCAUCGUCAUCACAGCCUAUUCUGCAUUUGGGAACAACUUCUUCGGCCUGCCGUUACUCGUCAAUGUCCCAGAGGUCAAAGCAAUCGCAGACCGUCUCUCAAAAGCUCAGGGGAAGACUGUCACUCCCGCACAAGUGAUUCUCGCCUGGUCUCAGCUUGACGGCCACACCGUCAUCCCAAAGUCGGUCACUCCGGAGCGCAUCUUGGAAAACUUCCAAGAAAUCGGGCUUGAUGACCAAGCCAUCCGAGACCUCGAUAAAUUCGGUGAAACUCCACAGCGCCUCAACCUUCCUGGAUGCGAAUGGAACAUCAACAUCUUCGGAGAUGAUAAGGAAAAGAACACCACGAAUCAGAUCGUCGUUUACGCGUAA